UCCUUUCUCUUUUCUUCCUUUUAUUUUUUCAAAAUUUCCAAUAACCCAAAUAGAGGGAAAGAGAAAUGUCUUGCCUCCUGCCUGCUCUACCCUGGCCGCCCCCUCUGGGGACCCGCCCCUGCGCUGGCUGCAGUGGGGCAGCUCCUGGAAAGACAUGUCGCCUUGCCUGUCCCCGCUUCUUCACGAGCCUUGGGAACGCUUUGAGACCCACCGCUGCGCGUCUGCUGCUUCUGCUGAGAGUGCCUUGGAAGGGACCUUGUAGAUCUGUAAUGGCUGAUGCCUGUUGAAAAGAUGCUGUUCCGUUUCCUUCCCUCCUCCGGCCCUGACUUGACAGUAGCCCGGCUGGAAAAGCCCGCUCUGCUGUGUGUGUGUUCCACGUGGUGACCGUCUCGUGAUUUCUUUCACACAACGAGUAUUUCUCCAGUGCCUGUUAGGUAUCUGGGAUUCAGCAGCACAAGCGACAGAGGGGAUGACCUUUUAUUCUUACUGUUUUUCUUUUGGGCAAGAGAGGACACAACCGGAAAGUAACUUGUAGUAGAAGGUGGAAGAAAAGUAGAGAAAAUGGACAGAAGAUGGGAAGAGGAAGUUGAGACAAUGGUUGUCCCUCCCCUUUAAGAGCCCAGGCCUGGGAAGGUCACACUGAGAUGAGGAGGACAUCUGGGCAGAGGAAGCCGCAGGCUCAGGCCACGGGCACACAAUCUAGGCUGGAGGCAGCCCACCCUGUCUCGUCGGCAGCUAACCCGCCAUUGAGCCGAGCUCCAUCUCCCACUGUGAUGCUGUCUGCAGUGCUGAACGCAGGAGUGCCAUCCAUACACAUCAUUUCACAUCUACCGUCUCUGGGAUUCUGCCGUGCACUGGAUUAGAUCUUGAGGAAGCUUCCUGUGUCUGAGAGGGGAGCGUGGCCCAAAUGUGGAUGGGAGAGGAGCUCAACACAGGAAAAUGCUCACGGGGCUUCUCUUGGGGGCCGAAGGGAGAAUGAGAAGAAAUGCGCGAGAAGAAAUUAGACUUGAAAAGAAAUGAUUGUGACACUGGGGGGGAUCUUCUGCCUCCGUCACAGCAAAAGUGGACUGACGGCUCCCCUGGGGUUACUCCAGACAGACUUGCGCAGUCUGUGCCGGCAGCUGUCUCCCUCUUCGUUCAGAGCUGGGCUCGCUUCCCCAUAGUUUUGAGUCCUCGAGCCCUCACCACUUCCUGUCUUCCCUGUUGUCUGAGUCAGGCUGCCUUCUUUGCAAGUGAUGUUGGCGAUGGGAGCAGAGUGUAUGACCGUUCCGUGUGGGAAGCAGCCGGUGAGAAGAUUACAGUUGCAGAAUGCAUCGAGACGCAGAGCAAAGCCAUGACAAUGCUGACCAUUGAACAACUCUCCUACCUGCUCAAGUUUGCCAUUCAGAAAAUGAAGCAGCCAGGGACAGAUGCAUUCCAGAAGCCCGUUCCACUGGAGCAGCACCCCGACUAUGCAGAAUAUAUUUUCCACCCCAUGGACCUUUGUACAUUGGAAAAGAAUGCAAAGAAGAAGAUGUACGGUUGCACAGAAGCCUUCCUGGCUGACGCCAAGUGGAUUCUGCACAACUGCAUUAUUUAUAAUGGGGGAAAUCACAAGUUGACGCAAAUAGCAAAAGUCGUCAUCAAAAUCUGUGAGCAUGAGAUGAAUGAAAUUGAAGUAUGUCCAGAAUGUUAUCUUGCUGCUUGCCAAAAACGAGACAACUGGUUCUGUGAGCCCUGUAGCAAUCCGCACCCUUUGGUCUGGGCAAAACUGAAAGGGUUUCCAUUCUGGCCCGCGAAAGCUCUGAGGGACAAAGAUGGGCAGGUUGAUGCCCGUUUCUUUGGACAACAUGACAGAGCCUGGGUUCCAAUCAAUAAUUGCUACCUCAUGUCUAAAGAAAUCCCCUUUUCUGUGAAAAAGACUAAAAGUAUCUUCAACAGCGCCAUGCAAGAGAUGGAAGUUUAUGUGGAGAACAUACGGAGGAAGUUUGGGGUUUUCAACUACUCCCCAUUCCGGACGCCCUACGCCCCUAAUAGCCAGUACCAAAUGCUGCUGGAUCCCAGCAACCCCAGCGCCGGCACUGCCAAGACAGACAAACAGGAGAAGGUGAAGCUCAAUUUUGACAUGACAGCGUCCCCCAAGAUCCUCCUGAGCAAGCCCCUUCUGAGUGGGGGCGCCGGCCGCAGGAUCUCCCUGUCUGAUAUGCCGCGCUCCCCAACCAGUACCAACUCUUCCGUGCACACGGGCUCCGACGUGGAGCAGGACCCCGAGAAGAAGGCCCCGUCCAGCCACUUCAGCGCGAGUGAGGAGUCCAUGGACUUCCUUGAUAAGAGCACAGCUUCCCCAGCUUCUACAAAGACGGGGCAAGCAGGGAGUCUGUCUGGCAGCCCGAAGCCUUUUUCUCCGCAAGCACCGACACCCAUCAUGACGAAAACGGACAAGACCUCCACCACCACCGGGAGCAUCCUGAACCUGAACCUGGAUCGAAGCAAAGCCGAGAUGGACCUGAAGGAGCUGAGCGAGUCCGUCCAGCAGCAGUCCGCCGCCGCCGUCCCUCUCAUCUCUCCCAAGCGGCAGAUUCGAAGCCGGUUCCAGCUCAACCUGGACAAGACCAUAGAGAGUUGCAAAGCACAACUAGGCAUAAAUGAGAUCUCAGAGGAUGUUUACACGGCCGUCGAGCACAGCGAUUCAGAGGACUCCGAAAAGUCAGAAAGCAGCGACAGUGAGUAUGUCAGCGAUGAGGAACAGAAGCCCAAGAAUGAGCCGGAGGACCCUGAGGACAAAGAGGGGAGUCGGGUGGACAAAGACGCUGCGGCCGGCAAAAAAAAGCCCAAACCCACAAACCCAGUGGAGGUCAAAGAGGAAGUGAAGAGUAACUCACCACCCAGCGAGAAGGCAGACCCUGUACCCGCCAAGGACAAGGCCAGCCCCGAGCCUGAGAAGGACUUUGUCGAGAAAGCAAAGCCAUCGCCUCAUCUCACGAAGGACAAACUGAAGGGAAAGGAUGAGACAGAUUCUCCCACAGUGCAUCUGGGCUUGGACUCUGACUCAGAGAGCGAACUUGUCAUAGACUUAGGAGAGGAUCCUUCUGGGCGGGAGGGUCGGAAAAACAAGAAGGAGGCCAAGGUGCAGUCACCUAAGCAGGAUGCUCUAGGUAAACCGCCACCGUCCACCUCAGCAGGCAACCAGUCUCCCCCAGAGACGCCGGUGCUCACCCGCUCGGCCACCCAGGCACCCGCAGCUGGGGUCACCGCGGCCGCCACUACCAGCACCAUGUCUACCGUCACGGUCACAGCUCCAGCCACCACUGUCACAGGGAGCCCGGUGAAGAAGCAGAGGCCGCUCUUGCCGAAGGAGACUGUCCCGGCCGUGCAGCGGGUCGUGUGGAACGCACCAAGUAAGUUUCAAACGUCCUCCCAAAAGUGGCACAUGCAGAAGAUACAGCGCCAGCAGCAGCAACAGCAGCAGCAGCAGCAGCCGCAGCAGCAGCAGCAGCAGCAACCUCAUUCUUCCCAGGGGACAAGAUAUCAGACCAGACAGGCUGUGAAAGCUGUCCAGCAGAAGGAAGUCACCCAGAGCCCAUCGACGUCCACCAUCACGCUGGUGACCAGCACACAGCCGGCAGCCCUGGUCAGCAGUUCGGGCUCUGCAAGCACUCUGGCGUCUGCCAUCAAUGCCGACCUGCCCAUCGCCACUGCCUCAGCGGAUGUGGCCGCAGACAUUGCCAAGUACACCAGCAAAAUGAUGGACGCCAUAAAAGGGACGAUGACGGAAAUCUACAACGACCUUUCCAAGAACACCACCGGAAGCACAAUAGCAGAGAUUCGAAGGCUGAGGAUCGAGAUUGAGAAGCUGCAGUGGCUCCACCAGCAGGAGCUCGCGGAGAUGAAGCACAACCUCGAGCUGACCAUGGCUGAGAUGCGGCAGAGCUUGGAGCAGGAGCGGGACCGGCUCAUAGCCGAGGUGAAGAAGCAGCUGGAGCUGGAGAAGCAGCAGGCGGUGGACGAGACCAAGAAGAAACAGUGGUGUGCCAACUGCAAGAAGGAAGCCAUCUUCUACUGCUGCUGGAACACCAGCUACUGCGACUACCCCUGCCAGCAGGCCCACUGGCCUGAGCACAUGAAGUCCUGUACCCAGUCAGCUACUGCCCCUCAGCAGGAAGCGGAUACCGAGGCAAGCACGGAAACAGGAAAUAAGUCAUCCCAGGGCAACUCCUCCAAUGCACAGUCGGCACCUUCAGAACCGGCCAGCGCCUCCAAAGAGAAGGAGCCGCCAGCAGAGAAGAGCAAGGACAGUAGCUCGACCCUGGACCUUUCUGGCUCCAGAGAGACGCCCUCCUCCAUUCUCUUAGGUUCCAGCCAAGGCUCUGUUAGCAAGAGGUGUGACAAGCAACCUGCCUAUACCCCAACCACCACAGACCACCAGCCGCACCCCAACUACCCAGCCCAAAAGUACCAUUCCAGGAGCAGCAAGACGGGUUUGUGGAGCAGCAGCAGCAGCGAGGAGAAGCGAGGGUCGGCCCGCUCCGAGCACAGUGCAGGGACCAGCACGAAGAACCUCAUGCCCAAAGAGUCUCGGGAGCCUCGGCUAGACACCUUCUGGGACUAGGGGUGCACUGUGAGCCAGAAUUCCUCCCUGUGGAGAAAACCAACCCAAACAAGAAGCAACAGAAACUGGAGAACCUCCACCUUUAGAGUUCCCAUCACUCAGGCUCUGCCCAAGGGCUCAGCCGUAGGGCAGCGACUCGGCUCCCUCCCAGCUUCGGCCUUGGCUGGGACUGACUGCUCGACCUCAUGAGCCAAACACUUUAGGUAUAAGUAGGUACACUCUUGUGAUGUCACUGACCUAGCCUACCUUCCUUUUUCAUAUCUAUACUGACCUUAACUUAUAAAAAACAGAAAAAGAAAACAAGUUAUAUAUAUAAAAAAAAUCUACAACAAAAAGAAUGUUUUCAUAAUCCAGAGGGCCGGUUAGUUAGCCCUCUGGCUUUACCGUAGUGUCAGGGCUGGGCCCAGGGAUUGCUAUUCUUACACAGGUCCUUGUCCUUGGGGACAAGGGGAGGGAGGGAGCCACCGUCGCUCUGCAGCACACCGUGACCAGGGCUCUCAGGCUGUGCUGCCCUGGACCCGCCACACCAAGCCAUCGGCCCCUCACAGACCCUACAAGACGAUGUUCUGAAACACAAGCCUUGAAGGACACAGAGAGAAGCACCUGUGAAUGUAACGGUUCACAGAAGGUCCACGUGAACAGCCCCCGUCCCAUCGUGAGUGCGGGCGGCAUUCUCGUGGAGAGACCCCUUCUCUCUGCUGAGGUUUUGUUUCUUAUUUUUUAUUUUCCAUAAACACUCAACACAGUCUGCUUCGCAGAAGCAAAGGGACUCGAAAGGCCAGGUGCACGACGACAAGGGGGCAUGUGAGCCCGGGGAUGGAGCAUGUAUGUAUUAUUUAUAUGCUGGAGCUCUACGUCUUUAUGUAAGCAUGAAACACAGGCAGCGUGAGAGAAAGCCAGGACCCGUCAUGCUGUCCGUUCCUGCUACUACGUCUGCUGUAGUUCCAUUUUUGUAUGUUGUGUAAAACAAGCAUCGAUCGAAGCGAAAAGGUGAUGUGUGUGUAUAUGAGAAGAAUUAAUUGUAUAUCAUUCCAGUACAUUCCGGUGUACAUUUUUAGUCGGUUUACUUUCUCUUCAUUGCUGAUAAGAGAAUGCAAGCUGUGCAUCGGCCAGCUAGUUUUACCCCCUGCUAGAGAAGAAAGAGGAAGAAAUGCUAGAAGAAAACAGGAGAGAAAGAACAUUUGUGAAUUGCAGUUGUCAAAAAACAAAAACAAACCCACAAACAAUCUAGCCUAGCUGGCCUUAUUUGGGAAGCGUAACUGCUUUUAGCAUAUGGGAGUAUUUUUUCACAUUUUCUUUGUAUAAAAUUUGUAUUAAACUUAAAUAUCUUUUUUGAUGCUGGUGUUUCUUUGUGACUGAGCCACUGGUCCCCGCGCGGUUACAGUCUUCUGGGUUCUCCCCCUUUGAACACCCCCGAUUUUUCCAGAUUCUCCACCUUCUAAAAAGUUCAACUGUCUUGGCAAAAUGGUUUGGUCAGGACGGUCUCCCGUGGGUCAGGGUGUGGUGGUGUCAGGUUUGUAUGGCCAAACACAAGAGGAAGGUCCCCCUGAGGGGGUAGCUGAAGUCUUCCUGAGGCCAGGGCACAGGCCUGAGCCCAGGCUCUUGAGGGCCAGCAGCCAGCAUCACCCAGAAACAAUGGGAGCUCUAGGCCAGAAGGUCCAUCUUAGAAGGCUGAGGUUUUCCAUGGUUUUCUAGGUGGGAGUCGCCCGUAUCUCUGGCCUGGGCCUCAUGCCGGCAUAUGUGGUGCCUGUGUGUGGGCAUAUGCAUGCAUGUAGUUGGAUAUGCUUGGGUGUGUGUCCAGUUGGGUGUGAAUUGUGAGGGGGAGGGGUACGCUGUUCCCUCCUCUGUCCCUAGCUAUUAAAAAGGUGGUUAAGGGGCCACCCUCAGAAUGUAGCUCCUAGGCUUUCCUCUCCCUCGUCCCGCACACCCCACCUCCUGUGCCUUCCAUGGAGGAAAAGACUUGAGUUGACUUGCCUACUCAUGGGUAGGAAAAUGGUGGGUGGGUUUUGUUUUUUUAAUGUGAGUCUUGUUUGGCUGGGCAUAUGGCCGAAUUGGAAGGAUGCUUGCACAAGGCCCUGAGUUUGAUUUCAUAAAACUUGGCAUGGUAGCACACACCUGUAAUCCCAGCCCUUGAGAGGUGGGGCAGGAGAAUCAUGACUGCAAAGCCACCCUCAGCUAGGUAAUGAGUUAGAGAACUACAUAGGACCCUGUCUCAAAUGAGUAAAUAAAUACAUUCUGUGAA